AUGCCAGCGUCGAAUCACUACCAAAGAAUCGAACGACCCGAUGAUUUACGAAAAGCUACGCAGUCGAACGGAAAGAUUACAAAUAUUCAACAAGUCUGCAAGGAUAGUGCUCUGCCAGCAACAUCAACAGAUAUCAUGAGCGUUGGACAACAGACGAAGCAAUAUCAGCAUCCCUGA